GAAAAGUAUAGAGAUAGAAAAAGGAAAUUUGUAGCUGAUAGCGGUUGGUCGUCGAGGUGAAAAGUUGUUGAUUGUAUUAUUAAAUUUUAAUAUUUUAUUGAGAGCGAAAAUUUUUUCAAUAUUAAUUUUCAAUUAAAAUGGCAAUAACAGUCAAAACUGUACAAACAACACCUUUUGAGGGACAAAAACCUGGUACAAGUGGUCUUCGUAAAAAAGUAAAAGUAUUUUUGGAAAAAAAUUAUACCGAAAACUUUGUUCAAUGUAUCUUAAAUGCGAAUGGAAGUGAAAUUUCUGGUUCCUUAUUGGUUCUUGGCGGUGAUGGACGCUUUUAUUGUAAAGAAGCAUCUGAAUUAAUUGUGAAAAUUUGCGCUGCCAAUGGGGUUUCAAAAGUUUUAGUUGGACAAAAUGGUAUUUUGUCAACGCCAGCCGUGUCCAGUUUGAUAAGGCACAAUAAUGCUUUAGGUGGGAUUGUGUUAACAGCUUCACAUAAUCCGGGUGGUCCAGAUAAUGAUUUCGGCAUUAAGUUUAAUUGUAGAAAUGGUGGUCCAGCACCCGAUGAAGUUACUAAUGAAAUUUAUAAAUUAUCAACGCAAAUAAAAGAAUAUAAAAUAGUUGAUGGUUUAACAAUAGACCUAGGUAAACUAGGUGUGAAUAAUUUUGAAGUUGAAGGAAAACCAUUUGUUGUAGAAGUAAUUGAUUCGGUGGCAAAUUAUGUUAAUCAUAUGAAGGAAAUAUUUGAUUUUGCAAAAUUAAAAGAUUUUGUUAGCGGAGCAUCAAAUGGAAAACCCUUAAAGAUGCGAAUUGAUUCAAUGAAUGGUGUAACAGGUCCAUAUGUCAAUGAUAUAUUUGUUAAUUGUUUGGGAGCAUCUAAAGAUUUUGUUGUUCAUACUACACCGUUAUCUGAUUUUGGUGGCUUACAUCCAGAUCCAAAUUUAACUUAUGCUAAAGAUUUAGUAGAUACUGUAGCAAAAGGUGAUUAUGAUAUUGGAGCCGCUUUUGAUGGAGAUGGCGAUCGUAAUAUGAUUAUUGGACGCAGUGCAUUCUUUGUAACUCCAAGCGAUUCUUUGGCUGUAAUUGCUCAUUAUUUGGAAUGUAUACCAUAUUUCAAAAAAAAUGGUAUUACUGGAUAUGCACGUAGUAUGCCAACUGCUUCUGCUGUAGAUUUGGUUGCCAAAAAAUUAGGCAAAGAAAUUUUUGAAGUACCAACUGGUUGGAAAUAUUUCGGAAAUUUAAUGGAUGCAAAUCGUUUGUGUUUAUGCGGUGAAGAAAGUUUUGGAACUGGCUCUAACCAUAUUCGUGAAAAAGAUGGUAUUUGGGCUGUAUUGGCAUGGCUUUCAAUUAUGCAGCACACAGGAAAGAGUAUAGAAGAUAUAUUAAAAGCUCAUUGGGCGGCAUAUGGGCGCAAUUACUUCACUCGUUAUGAUUAUGAGGAAUGUGAUUUAGAUCCAUGCAAUGAAAUGAUGGCAACUAUGGAAAAAUUAAUAACUAGCAGUGAAUUUGUAGGGAAGGAAUAUUCAAGUGGUGGAAAAACUUAUAAAGUAAAAGUUGCUGAUAACUUUAGUUAUACCGAUCCAGUUGUAAAUACGGUUUCUACAAAACAAGGUUUGAGAAUUGUAUUUGAAGAUGGAAGCCGCAUUGUAAUGCGUUUGAGUGGCACCGGCAGUUCUGGCGCUACAGUCCGAUUAUAUAUUGAUUCCUAUGAAAAAGACAAUGUUUUGGGUAAAGCAAGUGAAAUGUUAAAACCGCUAAUUGAUAUUGCUCUUGAAAUAUCUCAACUGCCAAAAUAUACCGGCCGUAAUGCACCCACCGUUAUUACAUAAAUAUAGACAAGUUAUAAAUUUACUGUUCAUUAAUUUUUAAAAAAAAUAAUUUAUAAAGCUAAAUAUGUAAAAGGGAUAAAAAUUUAGACUAUUUUAAAGCAUUUCAAAAAUACUUUUGCUGGAAAUAAAAAGUACCUAAUUCAUA